AGAGGAAGCCGGAGCAAAGCCCCAAACUUCUCAACAAGCUCCCGGGAGGGAGCGGCCGGUACGGAGCUGUGGGCAGGUGGAAGCUGCGGGGUAGGGCGAGACGGUGGCGGCCGGGGACGUUGGAAAGGCUCUCACUUCCCCGGCCGGUGCCCGGGAUGGCAAGGAGGGGCCGUGUGCUUCGGGCGCCGCCGCCGGCGUCCCCGCACCCGCCGUGGAAGAGGACAGAGCCCGGAGCGCGCAGGCCCGCAGAGCCGGCACCGUCCCCGCAGCCCCCAGCUCCGCGGCAGGUGCCCCCGGCCCGGGCGAGGAUCCGGCCGGUGGGUUGGGCCGGGUCCCCCAUCCUCUUUCCCCCGCGCGGCUGGGGGAACGGAGCGGUGGCGCUUACCUGGCUCGUCCGGGGCGGCCUCGAUGGGCAUGGCUCAGGGGCCCGAGGAGGAACUGGCUCCCCGGAGAAGGACCGGUUAUUCGGACGCGGAGCUGGUGAGAGCGGAAGGCAGGCUGCUCUCAGCACUGUCAGCGAAGCAGCGCCAUGGACGCCCACCCGGAGUUUCAGCGCUGCCGCGAGACCCCCAUCCCAUUACCCUCCGCCCUCUUCCGCCGCCGCCGCCGCCGCCGCCUCCACCUCCUCCUCCGCGGAGACCCCCCGCCCACUCCACACACUCUCCCAUCAUGCAGCGGGAGAACCGCUGCCGCCGACACGUCACUUCCGGGCGCAGGUGGCUAGGUCGGGGCCGGGCGAUGAACACCGGCCACUGUAAAAACCAGACCGCCAGGCUGCAAGGAUUAUUGUUAUCGUCCGGGAUGAUGAGCCCGGGGGUCCUAUCCUGCAAUCCUGAGCCCUACCGCGUGCUCAUUCUACUCACUUUUGCCAAACCUGCACCGGCAAUUUGAAUGAUUUAAAAUCGUUCCGGAAUAGCAAAGCUCAUCAGCUACGCAAAGAAACAAGGUUGGAAAACACCCCCUCAGUCACAGGGAAGUGGCCACCUUUUGAGUGGAGGAAUUAUACAAAUCAGGGGAAGGAUAAGGACAAAAGCAGUUCAUCAGGGUUGAUCCCGCCUCUGCAAUGUUCUAGACAACUUGGAGCGCUAAAGUAGACACGCAUUUGUCUCUUUACAACUCAGUCGCUGUAAGAUAUACGGAGACUGCAUCACUUUAAAUUGGAGUACCAAUUGCUUUGUGGAGAUGCUGGAUUUUUUGUUAUUGCUCAGUCACUAAAGCAAGAAAAAUCUAUAUAGUUUGUCAAAUUUAAUCCUAUUGUAUUUCGCCCCCUGCUGGUUUUGCUUGUGUGCAACCAUAUAUAUAUGCUAUAUACGCGAUAUAUAUAUCGCUAUUAUUGACCAGGAAGGAAAGAAACAAAAAUAUUUGUGUGUGUUUGUAUAGAUACUGGAAAUGAAUUGAUUUUAGAUGAACACAUGCUUGUUCUAAUUUGAUAGCUCAACUAAACAGAAAUAUCAGAAUAAGAGCAUAUGACAAAAUCCUAAAGCAGACCCUACAUCAAGAAAAUGUUUAAACGGAAAUAAUAAAUUUAAACAUCAAAAUAUUAAAAAGAAAACUGCGUUCAGAAAAAUAUCUUCCUAAUUUCUUACAUAACAUAUGAUUACAAAAUGAUGAUUUUUGUCAAGUAAAUGCAGGAACCAAUUCUAUUAACUUAAGGACAACAAUACAGAAAUCAGUGUCCAACGUUGUAUAUAGAAAUUGAGUCACUGUUUGGCCAGCUGAUUUGUGAGCAAUCAACCAACUUGUAAUUGGUAAUCUUACACAUAAUUCUGAAGACAGCAUUCCAAUGCUUAUGAAAUUGUAUUACAAAAAGAAAGUAUCUCUGAAUGUUUUGAAGAUGAUGAAAACAUUAACAUUCAUUGUAUUUGCAUCCAAUGAUAGUAUUGUUUUUAUUUGCUUUUUAAAAGUUAUGACCAGGGCUUCCCUGGUGGCGCAGUGGUUGAGAGUUCCCCUGCACUGGCAGCAAUGUCUGGAGAAACUUUUGGUUGUCACAACUCGGGUGGAGGUGCCACUGGCAUCUAGUGGGUAGAGACCAGGGAUGCCAUUCAACAUCCUGCCAUGCAGAGGGUGGCUUCCACAACAAAGAAUUAUUCAGUCCAAAAUGUCAGUAGUUGCUAGGUUGAGAAAUCCUGCUCCAGGCCACCCUGAAGCUGCC